CAAAACAUUCAGUUUUCGGUGCUCGUUGCACGAAUUUCUUUGGCCGUCCUAUUAUUGCCAAUGGACGUAACUGGCCCCGUUUAGUGAAGGAUCUCUUUCGGAAUAGAAUGUCCAACGCGGUAGCUAGUGGCGAUGGAGCACCGUCAGUGAAAAAGUCUGAAGGAAAGUCUCAACGUAAGCCAAGGAAUCCUACGCAAGGUGGCGGUUCCGGAAACGGCAGCUUUAGCCGCAAACCAUCCGAUCGGCACAGCCUACACAAGCGUGUCCUACCCAAGUAUUACACCAGGGAGAACGAUAUCUACGUUACGUUCAAUUCGGACUUUACGUAUCAGUUCAAAUCCUGUCUUGACAUCCUCAACUCCCAAAUCGGCGAAGUGUUCCUGCACUGUACCGGACGUGCGAUUAAUCGUGGCAUAAAUCUUGCCCUCCGAGUGAAGUCGGAAUACCCGGAUGCGUUCGAGUACGAGGUGAACACCUCGCAGGUGGCCAUCACCGACGAUUUGCAUCCACUGUACGACGAGGACGAUUUCGCGGUGCAGCGACGCAUGAACUCCUGCCUACAUAUACGGAUAUACCGUACUGCUAUGCUAAAACACGCACCGACGAGCGAGACAUCCGUUCCGGCUAGCGAGAAAUCCGAGGAUAAGGCAGAGCGGUAA